CCACUUCAUACAUCCUGAGUCUCUCCAUGGAUAUCUUCUUGCUCAGCCUGUUCCUCCCUCUGUGGUGGAUUCAAGCCGCUGCUGGACACGGCUUCGUUCACAAUGUCGUGAUUGGAGGACAAAGUUACCCUGGGUGGAAUCCCUUUUCCGAUCCGUUCAACAACCCUCCUCCUCGGAUUGUACGCAAAAUUGUCAACGACGGUUUCGUUUCUGCAGGGGAUGCAGAUCUGGCUUGCCAUCAUCAUGGAGAUGAAGGCACAGAUGCCAUUGCCGAGGUCCCUGCAGGAUCUGAAGUGACAUUUGAAUGGGUUUAUUGGCCAGGAGAUCACCAAGGUCCUGUUUCGACGUACAUGGCCUCGUGCGAAGGGGACUGUGCUACCUUCUCAGCAAAUAGUGCAAGGUGGUUUAAGCUCGAUGCUGCCGGGUAUUUCCCCGAGGACCGUCAGUGGGCUGCAGAUAAACUAAGGGCCGAUGGCACUUCUUGGACUUCCGUCAUACCGGCAAACCUUGCACCGGGAGAAUAUCUGAUUCGAAAUGAACAGCAUCGCGCUACAUUCCAUCACACCCCAGUUCUAUCCAAGCUGCGCUCAAAUCAAGGUCACUGGAAAUGGAUCCGGUUAUCCAUCUUCCAGUGAAAUGAUGACCAUGCAAGAGAUCUACGACAGUGUAAAUUGGCCCAAUAUCUACCUGAGCUCGAGCUCUGACCUGG